GAAUGAGAGGGACUCCCUUCAGCUGAUCUGCUCAGUGGCUCUUCAGGGAUGAACAGAGCAUGAAGCAGUGUCUACAUAUGGACAUACUGACACUUUGGAAUGGACCCCAGCUCUUUGUGAAGGCUCAUGCUGCAGUCUCCAGGGAAUAACAGCAGCCUGGUGAAUAUUUGGUGACGACUUCUCCUGCAUCUCUGAGCAUCAAGAUGGGGAAUGGAUUAUCAGAUCAUCAUGCUGUCUUCCCCUGCCUCCCAUCUUUCCAGGCACUCCACAUUGUCAUUCUGGGAUUGGACUGUGCAGGGAAGACCACCGUUUUGUACCGGCUACGAUUCAAUGAGUUUGUGAACACUGUCCCAACAAAAGGCUUUAACACAGAGAAGAUUAAAGUGUCUCUUGGAAACAGCCGGCGGACAGCGUCCUUUCACUUCUGGGACGUAGGUGGUCAGGAGAAGCUGCGGCCUCUGUGGCGCUCCUACACCCGCUGUGCGGAUGGCAUUGUGUUCGUGGUGGACUCUGUGGACGCUGAGCGCAUCGAGGAGGCCAAAACAGAGCUGCACAAGAUCACAAGGCUGGCAGAGAACCAGGGUGUGCCUGUGCUGGUGGUAGCCAACAAACAGGACCUGAGGAACUCACUCAGCUUGGCCGAAAUGGAGAGCAUGCUGGCUCUGGGUGAGCUCAGUGUAUCCACACCCUGGCACCUCCAGCCGGCCUGUGCUAUCAUUGGUGAGGGACUGCAGGAAGGACUGGAGAAACUUCAUGCCAUGAUCAUGAAGAGGAGGAAGACCAUGCGGCAACAGAAGAAGAAGAGAUGAUGUUACAGUGGGAACUAUCAAAUGUGAGCUGGAUAUGAGAACUAUCGUGAGCUGCGUACAAUCUGCUGGUCUACUGUGUUUGCUAUGAAAGACACACGAUCCCUGUCAGUCAUUCAGCAGCCGUUUGAAGUCUGAUUGGCUGAUUGUGAUUCUAACAGCGGAACUGUUUGUUCAGGUCAGCGGUGCUGGGCUCUCACAGAGGAGCGCUACAUUGAUUUUGUCACACAGACUUUAGAUUGACAACCCUGUCAGCAACAUGCGACACUAAAGUCAUUCUGAAAGAAGUACAGUAUCACAAUCUUAUGAAGUUUACACUGAAUUCUUAAACAUAAGACUGUGGGCUCUGACUCUUUUCUUUAUGUUCUCUGUUAAAAUGUGUGCUGCUUCUCUGUUGAAAACAAUCAGUUUUAUAUUUGUAUUCUACCAAAGCUAGUGUUAAAGUCGCAGCAGUUUAGAGCAAAUUGAUCCAAGUUGCAUAUGUCCGUAUAGUGACAGUAUAGUGUUUGUAAUCAUGUUGCACAAUGGGAGUUUGGUCUAGAAGUUUACAUGAAUGUCAAUGAUUCACCAGAGACAGGAUGCACAAUGACCUUCAAACACUGUUCAAAAUGGAGACUGGUGUUGAAAAGUAGUGUUUUUGCUCCUUGUACUUUCUUUCCUGUGAGUAACUGGCCAGAUAUUGAUAACAGGAUGAGCCAAGAUGUAAAGAUCACAGCCACACUGAGGGAACAGAAUGUUUUCUUCUGUCUAGACUGACAGUAGCUUCUAAGAACCAGCAUGCAGUGUCUGGUAGGACCACACUAGGACCUCUGUUGGCAUUGGCAUUUACCUCCACUGUAGGUGUACCACUGUAAUCUGCACCUACACCUACAGAAAGAAUGGAAGUCAACCAUAUCAUUAAAACUAAUCUGAAUUUGGUUGAACACAUAUUCCCUUCUUGUCCCAAAUACUGGAUACCAUGUAAUGUCAUUAUUGCUAAACAUGUUUUAAGCCACUUAGAGAAAGCUUGAAUGUCUUUUUUUUUUUUUUGUAAAAGUGGGCAGAAAUAUCACAAUAUCCUACAGUGGGUGAACUGCAGCACCUGACAGGCUAACCACAUGACUAGAUCUGAAACAGUGACUAGCUGGUUCAGCUGGACCAAUUAUUCAGUAUUACUGCCAGUACAGUGCUUUUUAUGUUUUCCAAUAAUAUUUUGGUUUUCCUCAAAAUGUAUUUUGUCAAGCCAAAGGUCUAGAAUGUUAUACGUUGUCUUUCAUGCAGUUAAAUUGAUCAAAAGUGAAAAUUUUAAUCUGACAUUGGAUGCCAGUUUCAUUACUUGGUGCUUCAGAUGCAUUUCACUCAGUACCAAAAACAUACUUCUACUGAAAGCCAGCCUAAUGCCUAGCUAACACAUGUUUAUGGUGUGGUGUAAUUUUAAGUAGCAUUUAGUCACUGGAACACAACUUAGGUACCACAAAUAAACAGCAGCAUUAGUUAGCUUCUUAGUUAAUGUAUGCUGCCUACUUGGUAGCUUAUGUGAUAUGUUUUCAACAGUAGCUUGUGUUUAAGUUUGUUUUUUUUUUUUUGUUUUUUUUUUUUACAAAUUUCAUGCAGCUUUACCAAGAACUUGAAAAACACAAACGAAAGAAGGAAACUGCUUCAUAAAGAAUCUCUUUAAAUGCUCCAAACACCACCCAGUUGUCAUUUCUGACAUCAGUUUCUGUUAUUUCGGUCUCUCCCAGGGCUGUAAAGGUGAAAAUCACUGGCAGAAAAAAGUCUUGACUUCCUAACUAACAUGUAACUAACUCCCUGCAGAUGUGUCUUGUGUAAUCCUGUUGAUCGACAGGCCCAUUUGGCUCAGCAGGAAUAUUCGUGGGCUGCCUGUUGAGCAUUGGUCCUCAGAGUCGGGCUGGUAGCAGAGCCAGCCUCACCUGCAGUACACAUGACUGGCAUGGUCAGCACGCCGCCGUCUCAAAUGCACUUUAUCGCUCCUUUUCUUGACAUUCAAAUGGACUUUAGAAGAACUGUGUAUGAUUCUGAAUCUGGAAGAAAUGAAAUAUUGCUUCAAAAGAAGCGUUUUACACACACAUAUAUAUUAGAAAAUAGGCCUAUGAUGAUAAGUUGGAUACUGUCUCACCAGGUUUCACUCUCCCACUCUGUUUGGCAGGGUGUUUCUAUUUAUGUGUUUGAUCCACUUUGUUCACCUGGAAUAAAGCAAAAAAAGGACAA